GUGAGGGGCUCGAGCCGAGCGGUUGGUUGGUCGAUGGGGGAAGCAACAACAAGCUAGGCAUCAUGAGGGUCCCUGAAACACUGAUUUGGACCGCUUUCCUCAUCCACAAGGUGGUGGGAGAAUACGGCAUGGCCCAUUUCAGUGACAAGGGUAAAAGCAAAGGCAAGGAUUACUGCAUUUUCUUCAACUCCCAGUGGGCACGUCUACCUCAGGACCUCAACAAGGCGUCACGUCUCCAGAUCCAUGACUUGACAACAUCAGUCCUGUGUUCAGCCUCUGAGGUCCCAGAGGGAGGCUUCCCAAACCGCAUCCCCAUGGUGAUGAGAGGCAACUGCACUUUCUACGAAAAAGUCCGACUGGCUCAGAUUAAUGGCGCCAAGGGCUUGCUCAUUGUCAGCAAGGACAGACUGACACCACCAGCAGGAAACAAGACUCAGUAUGAGGAGAUUGACAUUCCUGUGGCCCUGCUCAGUUACUCUGAUAUGCUGGACAUAAGCAAGACCUUUGGGAAAGGAAGAUUGGUCGCGAUGUAUGCGCCCAAUGAGCCGGUGUUGGACUACAACAUGGUGAUUAUCUUUUUGAUGGCCGUAGGAACGGUUGCUGUGGGAGGUUACUGGGCUGGAAGCAGAGAUCGCAAGAAACGCUACAUGAAGCACAAGCGGGACGAUGGUGCAGAGAAGCAGGACGAGGAGACCGUAGAUGUCACACCAAUAAUGAUCUGUGUGUUUGUGGUCAUGUGCUGCAGCAUGCUGGUGCUACUCUACUUUUUCUACGAUCGCCUUGCCAUUUGGGUCAUAGCCAUCUUUUGUGUGGCCUCUUCUGUUGGCCUCCACAGCUGCCUGUGGCCUUUUGUGAGGAGACUCCCUUUCUGCAAAUGCAGGGUUCCAGAGAACAACUUGCCGUACUUGCACAAACGGCCGCAGAUCCGCAUGUUGUUGCUGUCGGCCAUCUGCAUCGGUGUCAGCAUCACCUGGAUGGUGUUUCGCAAUGAAGACCAGUGGGCGUGGGUGUUACAGGACGCCCUGGGCAUCGCCUUCUGUCUCUACAUGCUCAAAACAGUCAGACUCCCCACAUUUAAGGCUUGCACCUUAUUACUCUCGGUGCUUUUUGUGUAUGAUGUUUUCUUCGUAUUUAUUACACCUUUCUUUACAAAGAGUGGUGAAAGUAUAAUGGUGGAGGUAGCGGCUGGCCCCUCUGACUCCUCCACGCAUGAAAAGCUCCCCAUGGUGCUCAAAGUGCCACGGUUAAACUCCUCUCCUCUGGCCCUGUGUGACCGGCCUUUCUCCCUGCUGGGCUUCGGUGAUAUCUUAGUACCAGGUCUGCUGGUUGCGUACUGCCACAGGUUUGACAUUUUAACACAAUCCUCCAGGAUCUACUUUGUGGCCUGUACAAUCGCGUAUGGCAUUGGCCUACUGAUCACCUUCGUGGCCCUGGCCGUGAUGCAGAUGGGUCAGCCGGCCCUGCUCUACCUGGUGCCUUGCACUCUGCUCACCAGCCUCACUGUAGCCCUGUGGCGCAGGGAGUUGUCCCAGUUCUGGACUGGAAGUGGAUUUGUGCCUGCCAUAGUUCUCGCACCCAUCAACUGUACACAAACUGCAGCACCGCAGACAGAGGGACCCUCGACAAAACCAGAGCCACAACCCGAAGAAGAUGCCAAUCAGAGCGAAGACUCACCCCUGCCCCCACCUCAGGAAACCCCAACAGCUGAGAAGAACGAGGAGGAAGACAAAUUGGACAGAAAGGACAACUAGUACAGCAUUCAAUACUUUCAUUUCAUGUUUUAUUUGUUGUCUAGAUUUUUUAUCUACAUCGUGUCUCCGUCAGUGGACAUUUUUUCCUCAGUACGGACUUUUAUUUGCACUUGGUGCGAAGGGAAGAGCAGCAGAGAGGUCUGUUUCCUGAACUGCGGGCUCGGCGGGGCACUGGGACCGGACCGGGGUCGAGGCAUUAAACUGACAGACACAAGUACCAAACCUGAACCACGGCCCUGACAACUUCUAGUCCUGAACAUCAAAAGGGAAACUGAAGGCCAAAUCUGGAAGUACACAAUCUGUCUGCAAAAAACCUGCAAUGACUCUAAGUUGAGGCUGAAUAGCCCUGAAGGCUCUGUCACAGCAGCAUUCAAACAGCAUUAUUUAUUCAUUCAGUAAAACUACUAAUAGAAGCAGACUUUUUAAAAACCAAAUUAGGCGCCUUUUUUUUACUUGGCGCUAUCAUAACUUGUCAACAGUGUUGCUUAUUUCACCUUGAUUUUACCUCCUCUGAUGCUCCACAAAGAACGAAGUUAUAGAGCUGCAAUGAGCUACAGAACCUGCAGUUAUUUUGACAGUUUAGUCACAUUUUUAGAUGUUUUUUAAAGCAAAGAAUGCCAAAGAUUGGCUGAGUGUACUUCCCCAAGGAAAGCUUUCCUGCUCAUAAAGAACAAAAUUAACUGAAUUGAAUUUUGAACUGUAAAACAAAAAAUACACAUCUGCAUGGGUAUUUCCUCUUUUUCUGAAAAUUAAGAUGAAAUUAAAGCAAUGUUAUCAGUAAUGAAAGUAAUAAAUAGUUGCAGCUCUGCAGUUUAGAGACAGGUUUCAGUGGUACAAACAAAUGUUGAAUGGACUGUUUGAGCUUUAAUACUUCUGGGAUAUUUUUUUACUAAUUUUGAGAACAACAUGCCAGUUAGAGAUCAAUGCUAAGAAACCAGCAGUUUUUUUGUGGAUAUCUACUACAGUCCACACAACAGCUCGACAAGUUAUCCCUAUGUAACCUAAAUUAUGGACGUGUUUUGUUUUUCUCAUAGCCACACUCCUAGUGUUACAGAGCCUCAAAGGUCUCAGUAUGCCUAAAGAAAUGUUUUUAAAGCUACUAUAAGAGGUUUUAUUUGGUUAUGAAACAUGCUGAAAUUGAAACUUAUCUCUUUAUGGCCUACAAGAGCAACAGAGACUAUCAGCCACGAGAAUUAUUGUUUCAAAAGUAAUUUUUAAAGCUUAUAAACACUGCUGCUGUGGGGUAGGUGUCAGACGAAGCUACAACCUGCUGCAACAGCAUUAUUUUUGUUUAUUUUCCAAGGCAGAGAUUCCUCAUGAUUGAUGUAUUUGACUGAUGAAGGAAAGCAAGGCAGUAUUUUUGUUUAGAAGUACCUCUCACUCAGGUAGAGGACAAAAGCAAGUAAAAGAUAAGACAUGGCUCCAAAGGGGUUGCUGAAACAACACAAACCGAAAAUUCCUCACAGAAGCUUUAAAAGGAACCCAACAUUAUCAGAUAAUUUCACCUUAUUGGAUAGAUACAUGUGUUUCUUCUGUGUUUAUUGAACAAAAAAAAACUCAUUAGAUACCUACAUUUUGCUCUUAUAAACUCACCAGGAGGCUGUCAUGUUUUGGUCCACUCCUCUGCCUGUACUUUUCAAUGCAGUAGCCGGCCAAUAACCACUCAUAGUUUGCAGGUGAAAUAGGUGAGACCUCAGUUCUUAAAACUCUCUGUGCGUUGGCCAUGCAUAUCAUUGGCAUGAGAUGCAUUGAUUACAUGGGCAGUCCAACAGCUUAAAGUUGUUAACAUGCAAGAGAACCGAAAAUCUAUCCAUGUCACAGACAAGAUGCAUGUCUUGUAUUCAGCUGAAACAGCUGUGAAACAGCCAAAACUGCAUAGACAUAGUAUGGGCUGAGGAGCUCUGUGGCCAGAUGACAUCACACUACCAAUGCAGACCAAAACAUGGUGGCCUCCUGGUGAGUUUAUAAGUUCAACUUUGCUCAAAAUGCAGGUAUCUAAUGAUUUUUUUGUUCAAUAAACACAGAAGAGGUUCAGUGAUCUCUCCAAAAAGAUGGUUAUCCCCCUUCCUCAGUCCCCUGCUGGCCUGGCCUUGGUGCCCAACAGGAAGAGAUGUGGUUUCAGAGUCUACAACACAGAGAACACUGGCAUGACUGCAAUUUUACUUACUUGGUAGCUGAUUAGUUAGAUCAGUUUUUGUAAGUUACAGCCCUCCAACACUCCAGGUGGUGUUUGUGCUGCACAGCCUUGUCCAUGUCUGUGCUUGUGCACAUAUGAGGAACUGAAACAUGCCAAAGCCCAUCUCUUCCAUCUGUGCCAGGGUCUAGGAAGCGUACCAUGCUUAGGCAAGGCACUGAGCAGUCACACUAGUAAGACAAACUGGACUCUGAGGGUCAAGCAUGCUUUGCAGGUGAUACAGAUCACUUAGUGUGUAUUGUCAGACACCUGCCGUGUCCAAAGGCAAAUAGCUGUCCACAUCAAGUACGCAUGAAAGUGAAGCACAGAGCCUGCUUUUGUAGACUAGGAUGAACUAUACGUAAAAAGGUUCAAAGGCAGCUGGAAGGUCUUCCUGUUCAGCAUACUGAGACCUUUACUCUGAAAAGCACAGAACAGAAGCCAUUUCAGCUCUUUAUUUCUCUUGCAAAGAGUCUCACCCUUUAAAAUGCGGUGCUAUCGUGGUUGUUGACUGAGCCAAAGCUCUAUUUUUAUGUCUUAUGUUUCUUUUGCUGUAUUUUCUUUUGCAUGCUAUGAUUUACAUUAAUACCUCUUAUAUAAAACCAGUGUAUAACUCUACAGUUCAGAUUUUGUAUUUAUUGUUGGUGGUGCGACAGUUAAAACUUGGCCACUGAAGAUCUGAACCCCCAGCCGUUACUCGUUUUGUCUUAAGAAUUUGUUUUGGCCUUAAAUACAUUGAAUCAGGGCUGCAGCCGAAUGUGUCAAAGUUGCUUUAUGAUAAACAGGAGUACUGCACCCUGAAUGCUGAUGUGCUGCAGUUUAACGUGUGAGCUGAGAAGAGAAUAAUGGGUUAUGAUGUCUUUAGGUUAGUUAGUUUGAAGCAUUUGCACAAUUUUUUGGAAUUUAUGAGCUGACAGAAUGUGUUGGUUCAUGUCUAUAUACGUUUAUGUAUAAAUCUUUUCUUUAAAAUGGUUUUAAAGAAAAAGGAAACACCAUAUAAUUAUAUCCAUCCUGGUUUCUCUGACCCAAGGGUGUUAUUCUCAUGUGUAAGCAGCCUUUUGACCAAGAUCUUGCCUUCGUGUAGACAUAUAAGGUCAAAACGUAAAAACAAUUUGAUCGACUGAGAAGCGUUUAGUGGUCUGAAUGUGUGCCCUCGCUGAUUCAAUAACAGUGUUGUCCAGGAGAUUAUCCAUUCACCAGUAUAGUUUGUCGUCACCAAGUGGUUUUUAAUGCCUCUAUGGAGGAAUAUAUGGAAUAAAUAAACAUUGUAUCUCA